GCGUAAAGGUGACAUUUGUUUAGGAGCAGGCGAGGGGGAUGCGUUGGCUCGGGUGGCUUGCGCUUCGCUGCUGGUGGCGAAUCAGCGAAGUGCGACUGGCUAACGUCGGCCUGCUUUUUUAACCGAUAUCUGGCUGAUCGGGGAGGGCAGAGAUACCAUGUGGAAGUCACAUGAACGACGAGGAUGAGGCAUAAACAAGGGGGCAGCCUGACGACAGAGCCGAGCAACAGGAGGAGGAGGGGGGACUGGUUGCACAAAGAUCCCCCCCUCACACACACACAUAUACACACACAUAUACACACACAACAAGCGAGGCCCCCCUGUGGCCCUUUCCCCCUUGAAGGCUAAUUAAGAUGAACAGCACCACCACUCAGCCCCCUGCCCACAAAGAUGGGGGUGGGGCGGUGAGCUAUGUGCUGGUGCCAUUCCUCCUUAUAACUAUUGCUGGAAUUGCUACAGCAUUGAUAAUCUAUCUGCGUAGGAAAAGGAGAAUUGACAGACUUCGGCACCAGCUGUUACCCGUUUACACGUACGAUCCGGCAGAGGAGCUUCAUGAGGCCGAGCAGGAGCUCUUGUGGAGAGAAGAGGACACGAGGAUUGUGCAAGGCUGGGCAAGAAGCUACCAACAGCAACAACCUCUACUGACCAAAGAUGUUACUGCUUAAUGACGACACGCCCUGGCACGGGAUGCUGAGGAGCCAGACGACAACCUUCAGUCUAAAAAAACAAAAAACAAAAGAAAGUGCCCUCCUUUUAACUCAUCUUUCCCUUUGCUCCACUUUGCUCCUGCGGCCAUUAUCUCAGAGUGCCUCUGCGAUUAGAGAGCCAAAGAGAUAACGGAGCUGCGACUUAUUUAUUUGACGUUAUUUAUUCAAACACAUUUUUUUUUACUGUUGCACUCUCCGGCACCAAAGUCCAGGAAGGUGGAAGACAAAGUCUCUUGUGCAUCGGGUGCUUUGUGUACAUUCUUAAUGCUGUUGCGGGCAGCUUGUGGCAAGCUGCCUUGUUCCUGUGGGUUGCAGUAGGCAUCUGUGCUGAUCAUAACUUGCUGCCUGCGUUCACUGUGGUAAGGCCAUGAAUGUUGUGCACCAGCUAGAACAUCAGCGCUCAUGUCUGGCGUGUGCAGAGGUUGUUUGCAGCCACUUUGAUGAAGCGCCCUUUCAAUUCGAUAAAGAUAAAUUUGGGGGAAAACUAGGUACCAACUGCGAAGCGAGCUGGUAAUAAUUUCAGUUUCAUUUCAACGGCAUGAACAUCCUUUCAUUUUGUUGCUUUGAACCACUGCCUGGGAACGCACAUCUUUUUCUUUUUUUUUUCUUUUGCGGUUUUGCCAAAUCCUGUGACUCUUAACAAUGGCAUGAAAUGCAAGAAUGAGGAGCAAAUAACACCAGCUUCCUCCCAGCUAUUAAAUGAGUUGUGACUUAAAUCUGAAAGUAUGUCCUGUCUUCGAGGCAUGGCACCAGAAAAUUUUCCUCCGGGUGAAUAAUCUUCUCAGAUGAAUUCCAUACGUCUGACUCUUUCCAGCACUCAGGAAACCUCAUACAGAUUAUAAACUUUUUUUUUUUUUGCCUUGUAUUUGAUGAAUGUAAACUGAACUGCGGGUCUGUCUAUAUUUAUGAAAGACUUCACAGUUCUGGUAUUUAGAGCCUUUACAUGAGUUUUUCCAUGCUUGUCAGGUUUCCGGUUUUAAUCAUAUAGAAACCAUAAAUCUAUUGCUUAUAAAAGAUGUUCAAGUGUUUUAUGUGGAUGACAUUUGCAUUUAAGAUUUCAUCUUCAGGUGUCACUUUAAGUCAAGGAACUAUUGCUGUAAAUGUGUUUUUUGCUAUUCAUUACCUCUCCUUUAAGCCAGUUGUACAGGUGCAUCUCAAUAAUUAGUUUCAUUAAAAAGUCCAGCAUUUCUAUUAAAGUGAAACUGAUAGAUUCCUUAUUCUGAUUGAGAUGUUAAGCUUUAAAUUUGGCACACAAACUAAUUAAAAGCCCUAAUUUAAUGUAGGAGAGCCACCACAUAGGUUUUAGGCAUAUGACCAUAUUAGAUCACGAAGAGUUAAAAUGUGUUAGAGUGGAGAUCUCCACUAUAUUUUCUGUGCCUUGACUCAAGACGCAUCAGGUGUGUAAAUGCACGUAGCACAGAUAAAACUGUUACUGGUUUUAUGAAUACCACGACAAUAGUAUCAAGGUUACUGACAUUCUGUUACCACCAUAUGCAGUUACAGCACUUUUAAAAAUGAUUGAAGAUAGUCCAAUGCAUUGCUGCAGUCCCUUGCACAAGACAAUAAAGGCUGGUAUUUCAUUAACUAAAGUUACAAGCGUUUUAACAUAGCUGCACUUUUGGACUUUAUAGUUGCUUUUUGCAAAGGUUAGGUUCCCCAAGAGCAAAAUAGUAGGCUGAGUGGAAGCAAAAAACAUGUAUAAAACUUGCGUUUAUUAGCUACAAGCCAUCUUAUAAAUGCUUGUUACCAAGCAAUCUGUAUGAUUUCAGGUAUUUAGUCAUCUUAUGGCUGCCUUAAAUUCUGAGAUGUACCUGUGCUUUUGUUUAAAGAAACUUUAUGCUGUUUCUUAAAGCUGCAGUAGGGAGAUAUGAGAAAACCUUGGACCAGCCUGAAAAUAUGAACAAGCACACCUUACAGGUCCCUCCCCUUUGCUCCUUCCCUCCACAGCUGGGCCAAUGUUUGCCUGGCUUGCUUUCUGAGCAGGCGCCACUCCAGAAAUUGUCAAGUUUUCUUUGUAAAGCAGGUUGUUUCUCCACACUGCUGCAGCCCAUUGGCAAUGUUGAGCUUGAAUGAUGGCACACACAGGGGAAGGAGUGUGAGCAGAGCAUAUGGCUGGACGAUAAUUUAAUACCUAUAUGAUCCAUAGACGUGCGGUUCAAUACAACAGUUUUCCUUCCUUUUGCAUUGUAGCCCAUCGUGUAGGUUAAUACUACAGUAGUUAAAUCCUACCAACUAGCCACAAACACAGACCCAGGAAAGCUUUUACCAAGCUUCGCCCCCAUCAAAGAGUUUUGGUAAAAAAUUGGCUGAAAAACAGCAUAAAACGGCCAGGGGUGCACCUAAUAUACAUUUUCUGAAUAUUUUGACCAUCAAUAGCAACAUGAUUUCCAUUUUAUCUAUGCCUUUCUUAUAUAGUCUAGACCUAACCUACACAAGCCCGGUUGACAACCAACCAGACGUUCCUUCUGGCUCCAUUUGGUUGUUUGACUGGGAGUGGCCCAUUUCUGCAAAUGGCACUAUGGCUACUAGGAGGGGCCAUAUGAAAAUUUUUCACUCAUGACAGUAUAACAUGUCAAUUUCAUACAAAAAGUGACCUACUGCAGCUUUAAAAAUAUACUUGCUUCUUUUGAGAAGGCGUCAUGAGGGGGGGAAAAUAUACAAUAAACAUGAAAUUGACAAAGAAAGUUCUCUUUAUUGUCCAUUUUUGAUACAAAUUGUAGGGCACCAUAGAAAUAUAGACAUUGUACAUUUAUAUAGGUGUACAUUAAAAAGAAUGAUCCCAUCCUAUUGAGUUUACAGUAUAUAAAUCAACAAAUGCAUGAUGUAAUGAGAAAUGACUAGAUACAGUUGUGUAUUUGGAAGGGGACAAAUAGAAGACAGACUGUACGACUUGAAUGGAUACGCAAGAGCGGCUCUGUGCGUUAAUGCAGGACACACAGCGCCCGAUUGAACAGUGAAGAGUGCCUAGUCUACACAAACUCGCAUUUGUCCAUGAAGAUCCAACAUUUCAGUGCAGAAGAUAAAAAAAAAAAAGAAAGAAAAAAAAAGAUAAAAACACACCUGCUAGUCUACCACAGUCAGCGAACACAGUCGUUGAGCUGGCAGGCCUCCCUGACUUGCUUCACACAUUUAAAAACCUGUCUGCAAAGUCCGGCACGCGUCUACACUUUAUAUACCAAGUCAACUUGGAACAAAAAAACAAAAACAAAAAAAUUUCAGCUCUUGUUAGGUUAUACUAAAAAUAG